CUCCUGUCCACAGCUUACACUGGGAGGAGGGGUGGAGGCUGGGCUGCCUCCUGGACCCCUGCCCCCUUGCCCUGCCUUCCAGGGCCUGGCAGCCUAGGUCUACUUCUGGGCUGGGAGCAAGAAGCAUUGGCCUCCCUUAAAGGAGGUCCUGAAGGCAACUCCAGCUGGGAUGGUGACGCCAGCGUUUCUAAGGGCCAUGGGGGGUCCAGCCCCACUGGGGGCACCCUAGCCUCCCACAGCCCACCACCUGUGGUUCUGCCCCCUGCCCAUCUGUGGGCCGCUCACCAUGGGUGGCUGCUUCUCCAAGCCCAAGCCAGUGGAGCUCAAGAUUGAGGUGGUGCUGCCAGAGAAGGAGCGGGGCAAAGAGGAGCUGUCAGCCAGCGGGAAGGGCAGCCCCCGGGCCUACCAGGGCAACGGCACUGCCCGCCACUUCCACUCAGAGGAGCGCCUGCCUGCCCCUCACCCCUAUCCUGGUGCUCAGGACUGCGUGGAGGCCGCCGUGUGUCAUGUCAAGGACCUCGAGAAUGGCCAGAGUGCUGUCCCGUGGCCGGGUGCGCUGCCCCUGGCAUGGAGCCUGCUUCAACAUCAGCACUGGGGACCUGGAGGACUUCCCUGGCCUGGACAGUCUGCACAAGUUCCAGGUGAAGAUUGAGAAGGAGAAGGUGUAUGUUCGGGCCAGCAAGCAGGCCUUGCAGCUGCAGCGAAGGACCAAGGUGAUGGCCAAGUGCAUCUCUCCAAGUGCUGGUCACAGCGGCAGCACCAAUGUGCUCAUUGUGGGCGCAGGUGCAGCUGGCUUGGUGUGUGCAGAGACCCUGCGGCAGGAGGGCUUCUCAGACAGGAUUGUUCUGUGCACGCUGGACCGGCACCUCCCCUAUGACCGGCCCAAGCUCAGCAAGUCUCUGGACGCCCAGCCCGAGCAGCUGGCCCUAAGGCCCAAGGAGUUCUUCCGAGCCUAUGGCAUUGAGGUGCUCACAGAGGCCCAGGUGGUCACAGUGGACGUGAGAAACAAGAAGGUCGUGUUCAAGGAUGGCUUCAAGCUGGAGUACAGCAAGCUUCUGCUGGCACCUGGGAGCAGCCCUAAGACCCUGAAUUGCAAAGGCAAAGACGUGGAGAACGUGUUCACCAUCCGGACACCUGAAGAUGCCAAUCGCGUGGUGAGGCUGGCUCGGGGCCGCAACACAGUGGUCGUGGGGGCCGGCUUCCUAGGGAUGGAGGUGGCUGCCUAUCUGACUGAGAAGGCCCACUCAGUGUCCGUGGUAGAGCUGGAGGAGACACCCUUCAGGAGGUUCCUGGGGGAGCGUGUGGGUCGUGCCCUCAUGAAGAUGUUUGAGAACAACCGGGUCAAGUUCUACAUGCAGACAGAGGUGUCGGAGCUGCGGGCCCAGGAGGGAAAGCUGAAGGAGGUCGUGCUGAAGAGCAGCAAGGUGGUGCGGGCUGACGUCUGUGUGGUGGGCAUUGGCGCGGUGCCCUCCACGGGUUUCCUGAGGCAAAGCGGCAUCGGCCUGGAUUCCCGAGGCUUCAUCCCUGUCAACAAGAUGAUGCAGACCAACAUCCCAGGCGUGUUUGCAGCUGGUGACGCUGUCACCUUUCCCCUGGCCUGGAGGAACAAUCGGAAAGUGAACAUCCCACACUGGCAGAUGGCUCAUGUCCAGGGGCGUGUGGCGGCCCAGAACAUGCUGGCACAGGAGGCGGAGAUCAGCACCGUGCCCUACCUGUGGACCUCCAUGUUCGGCAAAAGCCUGCGCUACGCAGGGUACGGAGAAGGCUUCGACGAUGUCAUCAUCCAGGGGGAUCUGGAGGAGCUGAAAUUCGUGGCUUUUUACACCAAAGGCGACGAGGUGAUCGCCGUGGCCAGCAUGAACUACGAUCCUAUUGUGUCCAAGGUGGCUGAGGUGCUGGCCUCAGGUCGUGCCAUCCGGAAGCGGGAAGUGGAGACCGGCGACAUGUCCUGGCUGACAGGGAAAGGAUCCUGAGCUUGCAUGCAGCAGACUUGGGCAGGCAUGCUGGGGCACCAGGGACAGAGGCCAAGCCCUGGGGGCAGGUGCCAACCUCCAAUUUCCCAGGAUCCCUCAGGGCAGAACCUGAGCCCUUCCAGUGUUUGCCAUCAGCUGCCUGGUUCACCUCCAGAGAGGCUGCUGCUGCUUCCAAGAGAUGCUCACCACCCAAGACCUCGACUGCCACAGAUGGUUGGCAGUGGAGGCUGUACAGGCUCUGCCUCUCCUCCCUCUAUUGGGACUGGUCCCCUGUAGGACCCUGCAACAUAUUAGACAUUAUAUCAAAAUUAAACCACACACAUUUGCAGAUC